AACGGCAUCCGGGCAGCCCGACGGGCCGUGCGUCGCGUUUCCCUGCCCUCCCCUUCCUCCACCUCCUUUCGCCUCUGGGGCUUCCCUGCGCGAACGACAGCUCCAGCGACUCCACAGCGAAAAGGAGAAAGCCAUAAACCCUUCAAAAUUCCAUUCGGUCGUCGAGAGUGCACCAAAUCUUCGAUUCUCUCAGCUUUCCUCACGGAGUAGAAGAACAACAACAAGAAGAGAGAGUGAGAGGGGCGAGAGAGAUUAAAGAGAGAGAAAGAAGAAGGAGGAGACGAGAUGUCGCUGGAGGACGAUGGGAGGAACGUGCUGGAGACGGGGAGGGCAGAUCGGUCGGUGUGGCUGAUGAAGUGCCCGCCGGUGGUGUCGAGGUCGUGGCAGUCCGCCGCUGCCUCGGCGGCCGCCUCGUCGUCCGAUGCCGGCCUCCCUCCCCCCAUCGUCUCCAAGGUCGUCCUCUCCCUCGACCCUCUCCAUCCCGAAGAGCCCUCCUCUCUGCAGUUUAAGAUGGAAAUGGCUCAAAAUGACUCAAGCAAUACACCCAAGAGUUACUCUCUCAAUAUGUUUAAAGACUUUGUUCCAAUGUGUGUUUUUUCUGAAUCUAACCAAGGGAAAUUUUCAUUGGAAGGAAAGGUGGAACAUAAAUUUGACAUGGAACCUCAUAGUGAAAACUUUGGGGAGUAUGGUAAAAUGUGCCGUGAAAGGACCAACAAAGCUAUGAUAAAAACUAGACAAGUGCAGGUAAUUGACAAUGAUCAUGGAGGACUUAUGAGGCCUAUGCCUGGUAUGGUUGGCUUGGUUCCAUCUGGUUCAAAGGACAAGAAGAAGGCAACACCAACAAAAGGAUCUGACGUGAAACGGACGCGUAGAGACCGUCGGGAACUGGAGAACAUUAUCUUUAAACUCUUUGAAAGGCAGCCAAAUUGGGCAUUGAAACAGUUGGUACAAGAGACAGAUCAACCUGAGCAAUUCUUGAAAGAGAUACUAAAUGAUCUCUGUGUUUACAACAAGAGAGGACCCAAUCAAGGGACCCAUGAGCUUAAGCCAGAAUACAAGAAAUCCACCGAGGAAGCGGAUAAUGCAUAAGAUUCAUUUUGUUGCUUCCAGAAUGCUUGUGUGAACCAUGAUGCUCAAAGAUGGAAAGCCUUUUUCCUCUAGAACCUCUGCAUCCUAUGACUAGUGAUUUCUGCUUGAAACAAUAUUCACUGCAAAAGAAAUUGGUUAAUUUUGACUUUUCACGAUACAAAUUCAGGUGCUCUUGUAGUCACUCUGCAGACAGAUGUACGUCUUUCCUUUGUCAGUUACAACAGAUCCCCAACUUGGUGCAACCAUUGUCAAUCGAUGCAAAGAUAUUGCUGAUAGUGUCAUGUUAUCAAGUUUCUAUGAUUGGACGGCUACAGAAUACGAUUGGAACUAUAGUGGAUCCAAAAACAGUCAUAUGCUUCAACUUUGUUCUUUGAAAUUAGAACGUGGAAUUGAAUUCUAUCAUCCUUGUCAUGACAAAACUUUCAAGUCAGGCUUUAGAGGUAUUUUAUGACGGGGAAGAAUCUCUUCAUUUUUAGGGAUGUGAAAUGAAAUACGGUUCAAGACUUGGUCCUCUAUUUUGUCUAAUGUGAGCUUGAUUAUAUCUAAGAAUUAGAUGUCUAUUUGGUUGAA